UCAUAGCGGAAACUUGGAGACUUGGACACCCGGGUCGGUGAAGUGAUCUCUAGACCCCAGUCCUACAUCUGCCACCAUUCCGUGCUGCGGGGAUACCAUGGCUCCAGAAGAGGACUCCGGAGGGGAGAACUUAGCGGGCAGUUUCUGGGAGGCUGGCAACUAUAGGCGGACAGUGCAGCGGGUUGAGGACGGGCACAGGCUGUGCGGGGACCUGGUCAGCUGCUUCCAAGAGCGUGCUCGCAUCGAGAAAGCCUAUGCCCAGCAACUGGCAGACUGGGCCCGCAAGUGGAGGGGUGCUGUUGAGAAGGGCCCACAGUAUGGCACACUGGAGAAGGCCUGGCAUGCCUUCUUCACCGCAGCUGAGCGGCUAAGCGAGCUGCACUUGGAGGUGCGGGAGAAGCUGCAUGGGCCAGACAGUGAGCGUGUGCGCACCUGGCAGCGAGGGGCUUUCCACCGGCCAGUGCUGGGCGGUUUUCGGGAGAGCCGGGCUGCGGAGGAUGGUUUCCGAAAGGCCCAGAAGCCCUGGCUAAAGAGGCUGAAGGAGGUUGAGGCUUCGAAGAAGAGCUACCACGCAGCCCGGAAGGAUGAGAAGACAUCCCAGACUCGAGAAAGCCACGCAAAGGCAGACAGCGCCGUGUCUCAGGAGCAGCUGCGGAAGCUGCAGGAGCGGGUGGGACGCUGCGCCAAGGAGGCGGAAAAGACAAAGACCCAGUAUGAGCAAACCCUGGCAGAGCUAAAUCGCUAUACCCCACGCUACAUGGAGGACAUGGAGCAGGCCUUUGAGAGCUGCCAGGCUGCUGAGCGCCAGCGGCUUCUCUUCUUCAAGGAUAUGCUGCUCACCUUACACCAGCACCUUGACCUCUCCAGCAGUGACAAGUUCCAUGAACUUCAUCGAGACCUGCACCAGGGCAUUGAGGCAGCCAGUGAUGAUGAGGAUCUGCGUUGGUGGCGUAGCACACAUGGGCCGGGCAUGGCCAUGAACUGGCCACAGUUUGAGGAGUGGUCCUUGGACACACAGAGAGCAAUCAGCCGGAAGGAGAAGGGUGGCCGGAGCCCUGAUGAGGUUACUCUGACCAGCAUUGUGCCCACAAGAGAUGGCACUGUACCCCUGCCGCAGUCCCCAGCAUCCCCAGGCACUGGGCAGGAUGAGGACUGGUCAGAUGAGGAGAGUCCCCGGAAGGCUGCCACUGGUGUGCGAGUACGGGCACUUUAUGAUUAUGCUGGUCAGGAAGCUGAUGAGCUGAGUUUCCAAGCAGGGGAGGAGCUGCUGAAGAUGAGUGAGGAGGAUGAACAAGGCUGGUGCCAGGGUCAGUUGCAGAGUGGCCGCAUUGGCUUGUAUCCUGCCAAUUACGUGGAGUGUGUGGGGGCCUGAAUGCCCUGACAGCCCUACUGCAGUGUCUCUCCAUUUUGGGCAAGAGCCCAGCCCUUCCUGGACUGCCAGAACUGAGGGCCCUGAACCAUGUGUUGCUGCUGUCCCUCUGUUCCCAGAGCGAGGACAUUUUAGGGCCCAUGAAGGGGAGGGGCCUGUGUUUGGUAAGGGACGCAUAGGGAAGGGCCAAGUAAAUAUAGGUUGAAGGAAGGAUGGGAAGGUUGGAGGUGACAGAGGGUUCAGGGGUGCUUAAGCCUGCCCAGGAGCACUUGGUGUCCCAGGAGUGGAGGAUCCAUUUCUUAAACUGUUUGGAAGUUUCUGGAGUGGGGUUGGAGUGAGUGUAGUUUUGGGCUAGCAGCAUACUCUUUUGUUGACUUGUAGUGUGUAUUAAACUUGGUGAAAAAAAAAAAA